CUUUGUUGAAAAGUUUUAGAAAACUUAAAGUACCUACUAUGAACGACUUAGAAAAUUCAGAAGAUGUGGAAGAAAAUAUGCGAUCGCUAUUUGGUUCUGAUUACCAUGGUUCAGGGUCAGAAUAUUGUCCGUCAGAACAGCACUCUUCAUCCGAUUUGGAAGAUGUUUUGCAAGAGGGACUUGAAAGUUCAAGAUUAGAAGAAGACAGAAUCGCAAGGAAACCAAAGAAGAGAAUUAGAAAAACUGAGAAUUGGGCCAGGAAUGUGAAGAAAUCAAAACGUAAUAAAGGAGAGGAAUAUACCAACUACAAGGGGGUAACUGUACCAGCUAAGACACCUAAGGUAGGGGUGUGCUCCUGUCCAAACAAAUGUAACGUAAAAAUAAAUUGUGACCAACAACAUAAAAUAUUCAAAGAAUUCUAUUCUUUGGCGAAUUUCGACUUGCAAACAUCUUAUUUGUUUUCGCUUAUCAAAGUUGUUUCAAAGUCUCGUACUUACACCAGUAAUGAAAACUCAAGAAGACAAAUGACAAGACAUUACUACUUGAGUGACUCUAAAGGAAUAGAAGUUUUAGUAUGCAAAAAGUUAUUUAAAGAUACAUUAUGUGUCUCAGAUGGUCGUAUUAGUAGACUACUUAAAAACAAAAGUUCUGUGUCAACUCCACCUCUGGAUCGCCGAGGUCAUUCAGUAUCAGCCAAUAAAACACCCAGUGAUAAGAUCAAUGAAAUCAAAGAUUUCAUCAACUCGAUUCCUUCAUAUGAGUCUCAUUAUUCAUUGCAUAAAUCAAUAAACCGCAAAUUUUUAGCACCAGAUUUAAACAUGAAUAUUUUAUAUGGUCUUUAUAAAGCAAAAGUUUGUAACCCUACUUCAAAGUUUAUUUUUAGUAAAAUUUUUAAUGAAGAGUUUAACUUGAGUUUUCAUGCCCCUAUUACUGACUCUUGUAAGCGUUGUGAUUCAUUAGAUAUCAAAAUAAAAGUUUGUGACAAUUCUAAUGAUGAACUGAGAUUGAAAAAUGAAAAAAAGUUACAUCUACUCAAAGCAAGUUCAGCAAGAGAGGGCAUAAAAAAGGAUGUAGAAAUGUAUAAGAAUGAUGAAAAUGUAUGUAUAAUUUCAUUUGAUCUAAUGAAGACCCUACCAACUCCGGUAAUAAGUACAGGAAUAUGCUAUUACAAACGGCAACUGAGAAACAUACUAUCUCGGUAUACAUAA